AUGAUGUGCACCAUAAGUGAUCCCCUACAAAUCCCACACAAGUACUACCAGAGAGGGGACCUCAUCAUUGGAGCAAUCACUUUUCAGUUUGGGUACAUCUUUGAUGAAAUACCUUUCCAUGAGUGCCCCAAAGCAAAGUUUGUGCCUUUGUCAACUCCAAAGAACUACCAACAUGUUCUGUCCAUGGUAUUUGCUGUGAAGGAAAUCAAUGAGAAUUUCAAGAUCGUACCCAAUGUCAGCUUGGGGUUCCACAUCUAUGAUGCUUAUUUAAAUGCAAAAAUUACUUCUCAGAACACCCUCAAACUCUUAUCAGCCAGGGAAAGAAUGGUCCCAAACUUCAAAUGUGAUGAGCAAAUGAAUCUGAUAGCUGUUAUUGGGGGUCUUGACUCUGACAUUUCCCUUCAAAUGGCUACUAUUUUGGGUAUUUACAAGAUUCCACAGAUUGCCUACUCUGCAUUAGCUUCGGUGACGGAUGUUAAAAGUGAACUCCCUUUCUUCUACCGCAUGGUCCCCAAUGAAGCACAUCUGUAUAAAGGAAUUGUCCAGUUACUUCUGCAUUUCCAGUGGACAUGGGUUGGAAUCAUAGCAGCAGAUGAUGAGAAUGGAGAAAGGUUUUUGCACACGCUCAUGUCAAUCUUUUCCAAGAACAAAAUUUGUACAGCCCUAAGAAAGAAAACACCAGUCAUAUCUCAAACGGAAGAGACUGUGAGUUCAACAGAAACUAUCCUGGCCAAGGCCAUUUCAAUAGCCAACUCCAAAGUAAAUGUUUUGGUUGUAAAUGCAGAACCUCAUGCUAUUGCAUGGUUGACAUGGAUGAUAUAUUUUUAUUCAUUAUUAGAAGACAUUUCAGUAGAUUCGAUCAGUAAAGUGUGGAUUAUGACGACCCAGUGGGCUUUCUCUAAGCAGACUAUGCACAGAGCUAUUGAGAUACAAGUCUUCCAUGGUAGCUUGUCUUUUUCAAUUCACUCCAAUGAAGUGGCAGGGUUUACAAAAUUCCUGCGGGACUUCCAUCCUCAUUUGCAAAAAGGAGAUGAUUUUGUCAGGAUCUUCUGGGAAAAUGCAUUUGACUGCAUAUUUCUUGAGUCAAAUGAUGGCAAGAAAAAUCAUGCCUGCAGUGGUCAAGAGAAGCUGGAGAACCUCCCUGGAACGUUUUUUGAAAUGAGAAUGACAGGCCGAAGCUACAGCAUCUACAAUGCAAUCCAUGCCAUAUCACAAGCUUUACAUAAGAUAUAUACAUUCAGGCCAAAAUUCAAGGUAAUUGAAGACAAAGGAAGACUUGCUUCUGCAUAUCUACAACCUUGGCAGAUUCACCAUUUUCUAAGGACCAUGACAUUUAACAACACUGCCGGGGACACAUCAUCUUUUGAUGAGAAUGGUGAAUUAGGAGCUGGAUUUGAUAUUAUCAACUGGGUUACUUUCCCAAACCAGUCUUUCCUUAGAGUGAAAGUAGGAGGGAUGGAUCCACAGAGUUUACCAGGUCAAGAGUUCACCAUUAAUGAGAAGGCUAUUAUGUGGCACAGCACUUUCAAUCAGGUGCUGCCCCUCGCAGUGUGUAAUGCAAAAUGCCAUCCAGGUUACAGCAGAAAAAAGAAGGAAGGGAAGCCAUUUUGUUGCUAUGAUUGUGCUCCCUGUCCGGAUGGGAAGAUUUCAGACAAGAAAGACAUGGAUGACUGUCUCAAAUGCCCAGAAAAUCAAUUUCCACACAAGAACCGAGAUCGAUGCCUUCCCAAGAUCCAAAACUUCCUCUCUUUUAAUGCACCUUUGGGGAUAACUUUGGCUUUCUUGGCUGUGUCUUUUUCUCUGAUCACAGUUUUGGUACUUGGAAUUUUCAUCAAGAACCAAAACACGCCUAUCGUCAAAGCCAACAAUCGGGACCUUACCUUCUCUCUGCUCAUCUCCCUGCUGCUCUGCUUCCUUUGCUCAUUGCUAUUCAUUGGCCAGCCUCAAACAGUGUCCUGCCAUUUACAACAAACUGCUUUUGGCAUCAUCUUCACAGUGGCUGUUUCUUGUGUAUUGGCCAAAACCAUCACUGUGGUUCUGGCUUUUAUGGCCACCAAGCCAGGGUCCACAAUGAGGAAAUGGGUUGGGAAAAGAUUGGCAAACUCUAUUCUUCUUGGUUGCUCCCUGAUUCAAGCCAUUAUUUGUACUGUGUGGCUGAGCACUGCUCCUCCAUUCACAGAUUCUGACAUGCACUCUCUAGCUGAAGAGAUUAUACUGGGAUGUAAUGAAGGGUCAGCCACUAUGUUUUAUUGUGUCCUGGGAUACCUGGGGUUUCUAGCAAUUGUCAGCUUGAGUGUGGCUUUCCUAGCCAGGAAAUUGCCAGACAGUUUCAAUGAAGCUAAGUUCAUCACUUUCAGCAUGUUGGUGUUUUGCAGUGUUUGGCUGUCCUUUGUUCCCUCUUACCUGAGCACCAAAGGGAAAUACAUGGUGGCUGUGGAGAUUUUUUCCAUCUUGGCCUCUAGUGCUGGACUACUGAGUUGUAUCUUUUUCCCUAAAUGUUACAUAAUCAUUCUGAGACCUGGCUUGAACAGCAAAGACCAAUUAUUUGCAAGAAAUUUAAAAGUGUGA